ACCCUACUGAUCUAAUAAAAUCUUAUCACUAUUCCCACCCAUCAACUGCUCUCCCUUCGUUAGGUGAUAGAAUGUUAGCUGGACGUCUCGUCCCACGAGCCUCGUGUUUGUGUCCUUCACUUCUCGCUCGCAGCUUACAGUCUACGCCUAUCUGCAAUGCUAAGCAAAAAUUUGCGACUCCCAUGCGAGACAGACGUGACAUUCCUGAGCCCGAACAUACAAACACCUACGCUGGGGCUGUGUAUACGGAGAGCUUGUUUGACGACCUUGUUAUGAACAUGAACGAUCAGAUGUAUCAAAGCGAGGGUGACAGGACUAUCGAUGAUCUGAUGAUUCGACGGUUCUUUAACAGUGUAUUCUCCAACACCCGGGCCUUGCACGCGCCCGCGAAAGCUUCAUACAAGAAUGUCAUCAUUAAAAGACGCCUUAACCAUAUCGACAUUUCCCUCUUCAUAGAUGAAUUAGCUCUGAAGAACAAAACACCCGAAAUCGUUUUCCUGACGUCAUUUUCGGAGAGGAUCUUGUCGGAGAUGUUUGGGUCUAUAGUUGAGAUCCACACGUUACCCUUCACUGCAUCUGUGGAUACCUUCAAGAAUAGGAACAGGAAGGAUGAGAUGGGUAUUGAUUGGACUCCUAACUCCGUAUAGUCCAGAUAACCUACCGGACCCUCAAAACAUCACGAGCUAGAAAAGAGAAGUUCCUGCUGGCGCUAGAGUCCCUGCUAUCUCGCCACAAACCUGCCAUCUUGUUCGACUUCUGUGCCGGUACCACCGACCAGCUGGGGAGUAUCGUGGAACAAGGUGGGCUGAAGGAAGUGGUACUGGUGGCAAAGCUUGAGCAUGACAUUGUCCUACUGGACAGACGGCACGAUUUUGUGAGUGAGUAUUCCCCGGUUGUGAUUGACUGCUCCAGUUAUCGUGGAACACCCGUGUUAGCUGAGGAUGAUGUGUGUGAUCAGUAUCUGGCAGCGUUUAGUGACAUGAUUAAAUCAGUAAAUGAGACUGAUGAAGAUCAGGUGAUCCUAGAUCUGGAUUACGAGUGUAACGGACUGUGUUUGACAACUAUAUUUGGGUUCUUCCUUCAGUAUCCGUAUGUUUAUUACACUAGUGACAGUGGGAACUGUUUAGCGGGAGUUGAGUUGAUUUUAGUCGAACUGGGAUCUCAGUCAAACUGCGUGAUAAAUAACGUGACUAGUCACGUGAUUAGUGACGUCACAGACCACGUGACUAGUGACGUCACAAACCACGUGACUAGUGACGUCACAAACCACGUGUUCACCACAUUUUCCGUUCCUAAACCUCUGUGUCAGACGGAAGAACAAUUGACCAGUUUACCGUAUUAUGUCAGACAUCGGACAGUUUGUUUGGACAGUGUAGCCAUGUAAAAUUAUUAGACUUAGGUAUGUUGAUUAUUUUGGGAAGCAUUAUUCCAUGUUAGCUCUGAAUUUUUUCAGUUCGGUUAAGAGGGCUGUUAUUUGAUCAUAGUUGUACAAGUACAACUUUCCAACUUUUUCUCCUUUUAAUCAAUAAACUAAUAUUUAGAGAAGAAAAAGUUAAAGUUCCACACUUCCACUUGUAGUACAACUAUCUUAAAGCAGACUUAUAGCUAGAAGAUGUGUGGUAACGUGUGUAAAUGUGAACAGAGAGCAGUGUGAUAUGUGAACUUCAUUAAUUAGCUCAACUUAAUUAAUUAUCUCAGAGAGCGCUUUAGAAUGUCUGAAGUAGCGGGGUGCGGGGUGCGGGGUGCGGUCGGUAUUUCUGGCAUUGUAUCAACAUUAUAAGUUGAAGUGUAUUUAGUUUAGUCUUUGACCGUAUUUAAUUAGUAAUUAAACUCCAAUUAAGUACAAUCUACGUGGAGGACUGUAAUUUACUACAAUUAUUUUACCGUGGAGACUGAAUAUAAACACAUUAGUUUCCUGAAGUAAUAUUUCCCGUACGCCGGGCGGGAAGUAUCACUACCACUCUGAUAGCUGAUGUCGUGCCAGCACUCAACACAGCAACACAUGACAUGCUUGCUACUAGAAGUGCAGUGUUUUUGUUCAUUAGAGCUACUUUGCAAGGACGUAAGCCAUGAGCGGCUAGCGCUCGCCGUGUCUUUAACUCGUUAAAUACUAUUGUGAAUUAGCAUUGAUUGUGGUCACGUGAACAGGCUACUUCUAGUUUUAUAUUUGUCAAGCAUUGCCAACGAUCGGAGAUUUUAUUCCGCACUUGCCAUGUUACACUUCUCAUAACAUUAGCCUCGAAUUAAUUCCACCACUGUUACUGAAUACUGUGCAGUGUGUCACCAGUAUUAUCGUGUAGCGUCAAUUAAACGUUAAUCAACAUUCAACGUGUAUUACCAUGUCUGACUAUGCUUGAUAUUAACGUACUGGGCUUGUCUCGAGAACAAUUUAUGCCUGGACGAUAACAGAGAUAAAGAUAAUUUAGAUUUGUUUGAGUAUAUUUGUGUAUCUGUUUACCAUUGAUAAUAUAAUUUAUUGAUUUUUAUACAUC